CGAACUUUGUUCCUUUGAAAUACAGAGAUGUCACCCAAAAUUUUUUCAUUUCUAGAUCUUUUUAACUCAAACUGCCUUGAUUUGUGCUUCCAUCAGCUAUGCCGAUAAAUAUAUCGAGCCUUCGUCUUCAUUUUCUGUGCGGCUAUUUCGCUCUCGGUUCGUUCGUGUGGGGUUACAACAUCGGCAUUCUGUCGACAGUAUAUGUCCAUCCAGGUUUUAAACAGGCACUUGGUCACCCAUCAUCUUCACAGACUGGUCUAAUUACCGCAAUUUAUUACCUCGGCACAUGGCUUAGCUAUCUGUUCCUCUCACAUCCUACAAGCGACCUCUUGGGUAGACGUUAUGCGGCACUUGUAGGGAUGCUCGUAGCUUGCUUUGGCUCAGCAUUGAUAGCUGGAGCGUCAGGAGGUCCCUCAGGAGCUUACACUAUGGUAAUCAUCGGACGAAUCAUUGGCGGUCUAGGCAUUGCUGUUGUGUCUACCUCUGUUCCAUUGUAUCAAAGUGAAAUAGCGCCUCCAAAACAGCGCGGAAAAUUGGUUGUUAUGAACCACAUUGGACUUGUUGCAGGACUAGCGGUGGCGUUCUGGGUCGGAUAUGGGAUCAGUCACUGGGACAGCCCUCGAGGCAGUUCAGUAGGUUGGCGCGUAUCUAUAUCACUCCAAUUUUUCCCGGCGGCGAUCAUGUGCUUGGGUAUGCCGUUCGUACCUGAAACUCCUAGAUGGCUUCUGUUACGACACCGUGCCGAUGAGGCACUCAAAUCCCUCAUCUAUUUUAGAGAGGGCACAUUUUCCGAUGAGCAAAUCCGUGAUGAGCUUCAAGACAUUCAUAGAAGUAUUGGUGCACAGAUGCCUACAUUCACGCGUUGGUUAGAACUCUUCAGCAAACCAGCUCUCUUUCAGCGUCUGUGGCGCGCGGCACUGCUCCAGUUCAUGGCUCAAAUGUGUGGCGCUACUGCCAUGAAGUACUACCUGCCCACACUUUUCCGAAAGCUCAGCCUUGGGACGCGUCUUGCGUUGAUGGUUGGUGGAAUCGAGUCAACAUUAAAGAUCGGCUGCACAGUCAUUGAGAUGAUGAUUGUAGAUCGCGCUGGAAGACGAAACACCAUGGCAGCAGGAGCUCUCGGUAUGAGCAUAGCUAUGCUUAUUAAUGGUGCGUUACCAAUCGUAUACCCGAAUAAUGCAAACCGUGCAUCUGACUAUGCUUGUAUCGUCUUCAUUUUCAUAUAUACCUUUAGCUACUCACUAGGGUUUGGACCGGGAGCUUGGGUUUAUGGAAGCGAGAUCUUUCCAACCACGCAUCGAGCAGUUGGCCUAAAUGUUGCAGCUUCAUUUGGUGCAAUUGGUUCAAUAGUUACUGCUCAAGUUUGGCCUGUCGGUAUUGACAAUGUCGGAUCCAAUAUCUACUUUUAUUUUAUGGCCAUCAAUCUCGCCUGUGUGCCUGUCAUAUGGUUCCUUUAUCCCGAAACAAAGAAGAGGCCACUGGAGACGAUUAAUGUAUUGUUUGAUAACAGCGACAGCAUUGCUCAGGAUUGGCGUAGUUCUAGAGUCGAGGUCAUUAAUAGUGGCUUUGGAAAGGAGCAAACCACUGUUAAUAUUGCAGAAUAACACGUAGUAAACGUACAUUCUUGAAAGAAA